UGUACUCUCACUGUCAGAAGCAUCGAACUUACCCAUCUAUCCUUUCGUCCUACCCUUAAAACCCCUCAACAAAACGUGAAGACAUGGCCCCUGUUACGAAUGGUCGCGUUAUCUUCAAGGAAGUUCCUAAAGGCUACCCCGAGGCGGGUAAGACGAUGGUGUACGAGGAGCAGACCAUCGACCCCGAGACGAUCGCCCUCAAGCCUGGCGAAUGGCUCGUCAAGGUCCUCGUCCUCUCCGUAGAUCCUUAUAUGCGUGGUCGGAUGCGCGAACCCUCGAAGAAGUCUUACAACGACCCUUAUACCAUCGGCGAACCGAUCGAGAACUACGGCGUUGGUCUCGUUUUGCGCUCGGAGAACCCGAAGUUCAAGGCUGGCGACUACUGCCAAGGUGUUAUGGAUUACGCUCACUAUGCGAUCUGCCAUAAGACGGACAAGUUCUAUGUCAUUGAAAACAAGCCUGAAAACCUGCCAUGGACGACGUAUGUGGGUGCUGCGGGCAUGCCCGGCGAGACCGCGUACUACGCAUGGAAGGAAUAUGCUUUCGCAAAGAAGGGAGAGGUUGCCUUUGUCUCCUCCGGCGCCGGCGCCGUCGGGUCGCUGGUCAUUCAGCUCGCGAAACGCGAUGGCCUGAAAGUCAUCGCGUCUGCUGGAACUGAAGAUAAGGUCCAGUAUAUGAAGAAGAUCGGUGCCGAUGUUGUGUUCAACUACAAGACGACUGAUACGAAGGAAGUCCUAGAGAAGGAGGGUCCUAUCGACGUGUACUGGGACAAUGUCGGCGGCGAGACGCUUGAGGCCGCUAUUGGAACAGCGAACCAACACGCACGUUUUAUCGAAUGUGGGAUGAUCUCAGGCUACAACGGCCAGUUUUACCCCGUCAAGAACCUUAUGAUGAUCAUCCAGAAGGAGCUCAGGAUCAACGGGUUCAUUGUGAACAGCUUGAGGGACAAAUACGUGGCGGAGUUCCAGGCUGCGAUGCCGAAAUUGCUCGCUAGCGGUGAGAUAAACUUCAGAGAAGACGUCACGCGUGGAUUGGAGAACGGUGACGAGGCAGUUGUGUCUGUCCAGAAGGGCACGAACGUUGCGAAGGCGGUGAUUGUUGUCGCGGACCAGUAGAUGCAGCUUGGAUGAAGCCUAACAGCAUGUAAGAUACGAUGUGAAUUAUCAGUAACUUGGUGGACUAGCUAGUCGACUAUUAUCAAUGUGAUUUGUUAGCCG